GGCUGGUGUUCUGACUAACCACUGGCUGAAGAAAAAGAAGUUCCCCCUGCCUGAUUGGCUACGGGGCUUGUGCUUCUGCACCCUUCGCAGCUCGCUCUUUCUCUGUCUCUUCAGUGGUGGGCGGGGCUCGCUUUCCCGGUGCUUUUGCGGCGGUGGCGGCUGCUGCUGCGGCCUGAGGUUAUUUGAGGCAGGGGUCCGCCUUCUUCUUCUUCAAGCAUUGAAAAUACAGCGAGUGCUAUAUAUAAAUGCUAAAUGCACUACACGGAAGAAAAUCAAGAGGAACCAAAGACUGACUAGAUGACCAGUUAUAUUAUAAUAGGUGAAUAGGGACAAUUCCUCCUGAGCUGGCCUUGUUCUCUUGAAAACUAUGGAAUGGCACGUCAUGCGCCUGAGCAUUUCUGACGACUAAGAUUCUGUUGUGCAUGGAUUGAAAAAGAAAGGGAAGAAGGAUGAAGUUCUUCUAGAUGUUCUCAGAUUCAAACCCCCUGACCAUUGGUCAUGCUAGCUUUAUGAGCGUUGAACAACAGAACCUGAAAAACAGCAAUAUGAACUGCUGUGUUUGUGCUUCCUGACAGAAGAUGAUGCUAAGAGGAAGGAUCUACAGUGACUGGCAAUGUGUCUAGGAAAUUCUUUACAACUCUUCUGUUGCCUUGGGAGCUGGAGGCUUGCUGUCUCUAAGCAGAUAUUUGCCAUUUCCUGCCUUGCUGCAAAUCAGCACUUGAACUGAACCUGCUACUUUUUGUUCUUUGAGGAAACGGAUUCUUAUUUCUUUCCUGUGUAAUUGAACACUAAAUACAGGCAGCCUAUUAUGUCUAAGAAGCAAAACCAAAAAGAUUCAUCAGGAUUUAUUUUUGAUGUGCAGUCCAAUACUGUGAUGGCCCAAGGAGGUACUUUUGAAAACAUGAAAGAGAAGAUCAGUGCCGUGCGAGCAAUAGUCCCCAACCGCAGCAACAAUGAAAUUAUCCUGGUGCUGCAGCACUUUGAUAACUGUGUAGACCGAACAGUGCAGGCUUUCAUGGAAGGCAGUGCCAGUGCAGUGUUGAAAGAGUGGACAGUAACUGGCAAGAAAAAGAACAAAAAAAAGAAAACUAAACCAAAGGCUCCUGCAGAAUCAAGUGCCAGCCUUCCUGACCCCAGCAAGCCAGCAUCCACUGAAGAGGAACAGUCUGCAGCUUCAUCUGAGAAGGGCGGGAUCAAUGGUUACCAUGUCAAUGGCUCAGCCAAUGAUACUGAGUCUGUAGACUCACUCAGUGAAGGGUUGGAUACACUUUCCAUAGAUGCCAGAGAAUCGGAGGAGAGUGAACCUGCUAUGCCUGUGGUGCCUGAUAGAGCAGCGUCAUUAGAAAAUGGAGUAGCAGACCUUGGUCCAAAGCCUGCCACCCUGCGGUCUUCCCAGAAUACCAAGCCACUCAGAUUGCAGUCUGAACUGAGAAACCCCGGCAAGCCACUCUCCAGACCUGUAUCCAGCAGCCAUUCACCUGCUCCUUCAUCUCUAGCAAUGCUAGACGAGGUCCCUCUGCCCUCUGGAAACAAAAAACUAGGUUCCAAUAUUGAAAAAUCAGUAAAAGACCUCCAACGAUGCACUGUGUCACUGGCUCGGUAUCGUGUUGUAGUUAAAGAAGAAAUGGAUGCCUCUAUUAAGAAAAUGAAGCAGGCCUUUGCAGAGCUGCAGAGUUGUCUCAUGGAUCGAGAAGUGGCCCUUCUAGGUGAAAUGGACAAAGUGAAAGCAGAAGCAAUGGACAUCCUAAGCAGUCGACAAAAGAAGGCAGAGGCACUGAAGAAGAUGACGGAUGUGGCUGUCCGAAUGUCAGAGGAGCAGUUGAUAGAACUUAGAGCUGACAUAAAGCACUUUGUGAGUGAGCGCAAAUAUGACGAAGAUCUUGGAAGAGUGGCUCGCUUCACUUGUGACUUAGAUGCACUAAAGAGGAGCAUUGAAUCUUUUGGACAAGUUUCGCAUCCAAAGAACAGUUAUUCUACCAGAUCACGGUGCAGCUCUAUCAUCCCCAUGUCUGUGAGCAGCCCAGAUGGGUCCACCACCACCACCACAGUGUGUGCCUCUGUUUCUGCUCCAAGCCUUAUCACGGCCAAUAAGAAACCACCAUCCCCUACAGAACCCCCUGCAAAUGCAGCAAGCCGCCCAUAUCAGCCCUACCGUGAGGGUAAUAGAAGACCUAGUCAAGGUUACAGGCCCCAAGGACAACGCCAAAAUGGGCCCUCACACCCCAAUUCGAACCGGUACAGAAGCGGGCCUUGGUACCAGUCCAACUCCAGGUCCUGGCCACCUCCUGGAAACACGAACAGCUUCAGCCAGACUUACUCCACAGGAACCAAUGGAACUGGUUCUGGUCCUGAGCCAGGUCUUGCAGCCCCAUCUGCACAGGCAUAUUUGGGCCCACUCAGCAAAGAAGCCAAGGCUCUGCCACAGCGGAAACCUAGGUCAAGUCAAUAUGAGGUGUCCAGUUCCUGAGGACCAUGAACUCUGCCACUUUCCAAAACUGGAUAACAGGAUUGUAGGACACACUUAGCUAGAGAUAUUAACAAAGGAAAGUUUACACUUGCUUGUCCCUGUGCCACUCUUCUCUUCCAUAAUCAUUCCUUUCUGGGAAAGCAGCUUCUUAGUGCUUCUCCUGUCCCUGCUUCCUGCCAUGUGACAUGGGUCAGGCUUUAGUGGAAAAUGCACACAUGCUCUACAGGCAUGGCCUUGGCAUACCUCACUGCUGCCAUCUCCUUUGCACUCUCUGGCUCCUCUUAUUCUGGUGCCAUCCUUAAACCUUGGCAGACUUGCAGGCUAAAAGCAAAAAAUACAAAUUUUUUAAAAAUAGGGGGGAAUGUCUUCCAAAAGCCCCAACCCUAAAGCUUGUUGCUCUCUCCCCCUCCCUGAAUGCUGCUAGACAGGCCUUAAUCCUAACAGCAAAACUCUUCAUGCUGGCAAUGAAACAAUUUGCUGUGAAUUGUGAGACCAAGAUGAGACAUCCAGAUGGAAGGAGCCAUUGAGAGAGACUGCUGGGAUGGUUAUUUUCUUUUUACAUCUUACCUAAAUACUACAUUUUGAGACAACUGGGCUUGUAUGUCUCUUUCCUCAGAGAAUGGAGAGACCCAGUCCUCCUGAGAGAAGCACCAUUUUGACAGUACGUCAUGUAUACAUUUAGAUGUUCCCUACUUUUAAUGUUUGGUGAGGGAUGGGAGGUUUCAUUUGUUCACCUCCCAGUCACGAUUCCACCAUCUGUCCUAACCUAAAUUUCUAGCAAUUUAAUUAGCAGUGCUAAUCCUACGUGAUCGCAAGUACAAAUAAAAAUUGCUACAAUCUUUCUCUAUCCUUGUAUAAAUAAAAACGACGUACAUGUUUAAAAGAC